UAUUUGAAACAAAUUGACUUAUUGGGGUGACCGCUGCCACCGAACAAAGGUUGUCGCACGCGAAUUCCUCGCUCUUUGUAUCGCCCACUUAUAUGUGUGUCUGAGACAGGGGAUCUUGAAUUCCGUGCUCAACGUUUGUAUCUUUGAAGUGAUUCAGAGAUCUCCUUCAGGGCACUAUGGCUGCCACGCUGAAACAAAUGGCUUUGAUUGUAUCAGCGUUCGGCGUUGUGUCUUUCAUUUUGGGCGUUGUUGCUGAAAACAAGAAGCCUGCAGCUGGAACACCUGUGCGUGGUGGAGAUGGUGUCUCUGUCACCUGCAAGUACCCAUCUGAUCCAACUGUUGUGUUGGGGUAUCUUUCUGUAGCAUUUCUUGUUGCAUCCACCGUGGCUGGGUACCUGUCUCUGUUUUAUCCUUACAAAGGAAAGUCUGUUCCACAAGGGGUUCUGUUUAAACACUCCACUUUCACGUUGUUCUUCAACAUUGCAUUGUUUAUCACUGGAUUAGCUGCAGCUAUGCUGUUAUGGCCAACGAUUACCCAACAGCUUCACAUAACUAACAAUGUACAUCGUGAUAUCAACUAUGAAUGUCCUACAGCUAAAACUGGUCUCCUGGGAGGUGGUGCCUUUUUAUCCCUUGAUUCAUCUCUCCUUUGGUUGAUUGCUCUUAUGUUAGCUGACAAUGCUCGGGAGGACUUUUUCGAAGAAGAAGGUGAUAAUGGUGAAUUUGGUAAAGCUUCCUCUGAUGCUUAUGAUGUUGAUGUAGGAGUGAAGAGAAGUGCAUGAAAUGUGUUACUCAAAGUAGAAAAUAAAUGUUACUCAUGUACUUCUGUAAUUUCCUUUUAAUCACGCUGAACAAUUAUUUGAAUGUACAUAAUUUUAUUGCUUGUUCUCUAAGCAGUACUGCAGUAACAUAUAGCUGUUUAUCAAGAGGAUUCCUUGUCAAUGAAUUUCUCUUCU